UCCGAAAAUUCAAAUUGUUUUUCGAACCGUUGUUUAUUCAUGACGAUUGCUCAUUAAAAUACAUUUAUAUAUAGCAACCGUUUGCAUGGUAAACAUAUAAUAAUAUCUCCAAAGUGCUAAAAAUUUCCCAACAAAGAUAGUUGUAGGUUCGUUGAGGACCGUUCCACUAACCCAUCUUCUCGUCUAAUCACCUUUAUAAAUACUUAUCAACCACAUACUCAAAUCCAAACCACAACGCUUUUCCUAAACCGGACACUAGUUAGAAUCGGACAUGACAGGUAACGCCGGUUUAGUUAACCUGAAAACUGAGGAAGAGAAACAAGAAGCAAAUGUACCUAAGCAAUGCCGUGGCGAGGAAGCUAGUGAAGAAGACGGCGAGGAGGAGGAUGACUUGUUCGAGAUAAACCUAGAUUCCGUGAGUGAUGCGCGGUCGUCUGAUUGUCUGAGAUUUCCGGCCAGGACAGGCAGUGUUUUACUGGCGAACUGUCUAUUACCAGCUGCAGACAUAUCGGGUGCCGUGCCGGCAACGUCAAGGGCUUGGAGUCAUAUGGUUGGGUUUAGAGGGUUUCUCUAUGUUGAAAAACUAGGGACUGAGAGUAAGAAGCUUAACUAUUUUUGAAAAGAAAAAUAGGAAUUAUGUAUAUUGUACUUGUUAUGUAUUUAUUUACAUGAAAUCAUCUUUGUAUAUAAGUCUUGAUUCACAAAACUAUCAAUCUUUUUUAAUAGAAAAAAGGUUUCAAAAAAAAAAAAAAAAAAAAAAAACUAUCAAUAUUUUUCUUUAAAUCAAAACACAA